GUCUGUCAAUCAUUCACCAGCGUCAGCUGAUGCGCCGGUCACGUGACGCGAGCCGGUCCAACAUGGCGGUGGCUCGGUGUCUUCAGGGACCUCGGUGCCACAUCCGAUACCGGUCCUCCUGCCGAGUGGCUGCUUGUCAUGUCCUGUUGUUGUUGUUGUCGCUGCUGGCAGUGGUGCCUCUGGCGGCUCCUGAGGCGCUGCACCGCUCUGUCGUGCUCGAGCAACGCAGCGGGAAGCUGAGAGUGGUGCGCGGGCUGCGGCGAGAUGGGGUGGCAUGGGCCAACUUCACAGAUAACAUCAAAGCCACGGGCUGGUCCUACCUUGAACUUGGUACAAAUGGGACGUAUGAUGAUAGAAUUCAGGCUUAUGCUGCAGGAGUGCUGGAAGCUGAGGUCACACGACCAUAUAUUUACAUGCACUGGAUGAAUACAUUAUUUCACUACUGUGGAUCCUUCAAAUAUCAGACAGCCUACUGUGACAAGCUUAAAAAUUACAUCGAGACUAAUCUGAAAUGGAUAGAAGAAAACCUGGCAGAAAUUCCACUGGCAGACAAAGACAAUAAAGCAUAUUGGCAUCAGGUGCAUUUGGCAUUACUGCAGCUACAAGGACUGGAGGAUGGAUAUAAUAAGCAUAUUUUGUUUCCUACCAGAAAAUUGAACAUUCAGCCUUUUGGAUUAAUUCUCUUCCAGAUGUCCGGUGACUUGGAAGAUCUAGAAAAUGUACUUAAUAAAUCAGACAGUUCAAAGAUGUUCGGUUCUGGAUCAUGCUCUGCACUCAUCAAGCUAUUGCCAGGCAAUAAGGAACUGCUUGUAUCUCAUGACACCUGGAGCAACUAUCAGACAAUGCUGAGAAUUAUGAAAAAAUACAAGCUGUCCUUCAAGUCCGUCCCAGGAGGUGAUUUAAUACCAGGAGAGGUGCAAGCUUUUUCAUCAUAUCCAGGAAUGAUCUUUUCUGGUGAUGAUUUUUACAUCCUGAGUAGUGGAUUGGUUACUCUAGAAACCACAAUUGGUAAUAAUAAUGCCCAAUUGUGGAGUUUUGUCAAGCCAGUUGGUUCUGUGAUGGAAUGGUUGAGAAACAUUGUAGCUAAUCGACUUGCAAGAAAUGGUGCAGAAUGGGCUGCAAUUAUUAGAAAAUUCAACAGUGGCACAUACAAUAAUCAGUGGAUGAUCGUGGACUAUAAUUUCUUUACACCAGGCCAAUUGAAUAUCAGCAAGAACUUGUUGACGAUUCUGGAGCAAAUACCGGGCCAGAUAGUUGUUGCCGAUAAAACUGAUGAGCUGAUGAAGAGAGGUUACUGGGCCAGCUACAACAUACCGUAUUUCAAAGAGAUCUUUAAUGCUAGUGGUCAACUAGACCUGUUUAAGAAAUACGGAGACUGGUUCAGUUACGACAAGAGUCCUCGAGCUCUGAUAUUCCGUCGAAAUCAGACCAUGGUUACAGAUGUGGAUUCAAUCAUUAAAUUAAUGAGGUAUAAUAACUUUAUGUAUGAUCCUCUGUCAGUGUGUCAGCAAUGUACUCCCAAGCCCAAUGGGGAGAAUGCAAUUUCAGCCCGGUCUGAUCUUAAUCCAGCCAAUGGAAGUUACCCGUUUUCUGCAUUAGCUUUGCGAUCACAUGGAGGCACAGAUAUGAAGGUUACCUCAUUUGAAUUGCACAAGGCCUAUCAAAUGAUUGCAGUGAGCGGCCCAACGUGGGACCAGGUUCCAGCAUUUCAGUGGAGCAAAUCUCCAUUCAGAAACCUUGUGCACUUAGGACAUCCCGAUCUUUGGAAGUUCCUGCCAGUAAAGGUGGAAUGGAAAUGAGCACUUCGCACAUGUACGCAAUUAAAUAUAGUACUUUAAAAUCAGCUCAUGCCACUUAUCUUGAUCUUCUGCCUCAUUUAAAAUAUCACUGUGAUGACUUGUGUGAGUCUGAUUUAUGAAAUGUGAGAGUGAUUUUUAAAAUCUCACUUCUGGUGUAGAUUUCUCAAUGAUUACCAGCUCUUAUCAAAGUUUUAUUCGUGAAUGAAAUCUUGAAAUUUCAUGCACCUAGGAUAUUAAAUCACAAGCUCAUACUUCAAAACUUGCAGGAAUUUCUGAGCUAAUAUGUUUACGGCACAUUAUCUGUGAAAGACUGUAUUUUUAUAGUUGGCUAGUCAGCAAAGGAAAAUUUCACUUCCUGUAAAGCCACAUUUUUUCCACAUCGUGUGACCUGAUACAGCUGUGCAUCACUACAUAUGACAAAUGAGCCAUAUCUCCCUGACCUCAAGUUGAACAGCUAAAACCUGCUUUCCAUCCUUAGCUAACAGUGGAAUCAAAUAAUGGUCAAAGUUAGAAUUGUUACACAGCGGGUGAGAUUGGACACGUCUUCCUGUGACUUGCGUUCCCAAAUGACUGAUCGCCAAUGUUUAGUAACUUUAAGGCCAAUUAAACUGCCAGACUCAGUCAGUGGUUUCUGUCAUCCAGGUUGGUAUCAUUAUUUGCAAAUGAGAUUUAGUUUUCACAUUUCUUAAAUUUUACAUGUAUAGCUUAUAUAGAAUAUUAUACUGUUUUAUUAAACACAAAUAUUGGUGUUUUAUUUUGGUACAGAGGAUGAUGUCUGUACUGGGUUCUGAUAUUUGAAUAAAAAUGGAGAUAAAUAAUUCUGUAUCAGACCUUCUGUGGCCUGCUUUAACAUCAGGAAUAGUUGAUGCAAAUUUUCUAGUUUUUCCUGGAGCAGGUAGGACACCUUGCUAAUAGUACACAAAUAUGAAAAUAUUAGUGAAUAGGUGAGGUGCUAAGUUGGAGUACAGUCCAUUAAUCCUGUGAGCUAGUCGGUUUUCUAUCUCCUGACUUGUGAUUUUGUGCAGUUUUACUGCAGAAUCCCUGGUAGUGAUGAUCAACACAGAUGCUGCCUGUGAGAAAUAAGGUUAAUCUUCUGAAGAAUAGAGUUUUCAGGUGAAGCAAGAGGUUUGACUUUUAGUUC